AUGGAUGCCUUUAGGUCACUUGAGAACUGCCACGACCUUCGACAGCUGGCAACGAACCUGCUUGGAGCAAUCACGGAGUAUACGCUCCGUGGCAACAUGGGCCAAGCACAGGAGGCUUCCCUCCAGUCCAGGAUUCUCAGCCUGACAGGAAACAUUCGCAACCUUGUGGCACAGCCCCAGGACCAGUGGCUGUUGCACAUCGUCCAAAGCAACGAGAUGGCUGCCAUCAAGCUCUUCGUUCACUGGCACGUCUUUGAACACAUUCCAAUCGAACAAUCCAUAUCCUACGCACAGCUGAGCGACAAGGCGAGCGUCGAUCUUUCUCUUCUCAUGCGGGUCUCACGUAUGCUCAUUUCCACCGGUGUCCUGGGAGAAGCCGGGCCUGAUCGAGUUGUGCACACUGCAAAGUCCAAGAUCUUCCUUCACGGUAACCCAUACGGGGACUUGGACCAAGUCGUGAUGGAGUACGGAUUGUCUGGUUGCGACAUGAUCCGGUACUUUGAAAGCAACGGGCGAAACGAGCCGGACGGCCUCAGCCCUAGCCCAUUUACCUUCACGAAGGGGAUGCAGGGAAGUGACAUGUGGGGCAUUUACAAUGAUCAGGGCAAAAAGGAGGAGUUCAUGCGGGCAAUGACGGCGUUAGACCGCUUGGCGCCGAUCAUCGGCGUGUAUGACUUCUCGUGGAUUGCCGAAGCAUCGGCCAAGGCCGACAACGACAGAGUACUGUUGGUCGAUGUCGGUGGUGGCAGCGGUCAUGCGGUUCAGGCCAUCUGCGGGAGCAUUGGUCUGCCGUUGGAGCGUUGUGUGCUGCAGGACAAAGAGCCUGUCAUUUCGAGGGUCGAAGAACAUAUCUCCAAGGCCAUGGCGGCGGAUAGUACCCUGCUGAUAGCCGAACACGUCGUCGAGUGGCCUCCGAAGCCCGAGUCUACUGCCAUGGACAUGCUCAUGCUAGCUGUCGGCGGGAAGGAGCGGACCGCGAUGGAGUGGGCUCUUCUUCUGCGAAGUGGGGGGCUGACGCUGGAACGCAUCCAUCGGAACCCCACCUCAUCACAUUGUAUCAUCCGGUGUAGCAAGGCCACAAUUGUGGCUGGUCAGGACCAGUUGGCAAUUGAAGCUUAG